AUGCAUGGUCAACGCCAGCCCCCCAACAAGAAACGUAAGGCCCACCGCCGCUGCAAGGGAAACUUUGCGAACGAGAAGGCCAAGCAAGCCACCAAGAAGGCCGCCAAACAAGCCCUCCUGCAGGACGCAGAGGCCCCGGCCCCUGACGGAAAGGCGGCCGAAGAAAAAUACCUCCGGAAAGAGGUGGAGGCUCCAACCUCUAGCCAAGAGGGCUCCACCCCCGAUACCACUGAAGACUUGCCAAAGGAGGCAGAGGCCUCGGCCUCCGGCGACAAGGUAUCUCGGUACUGA